AUGACAAGGAUAUGGAUAUUUUCGCUACUUAUGUCAGCUCUAGUCAGCGCACAACACUGGAGCUACGGUUGGCAUCCGGGAGGAAAAAAGAGAGACCCCGCUUUUGCUACCGGAAAUGUAGAUCCCGAAUACAAUCACAGAUUCGAAAAAUCAAGUGCAAUCGACCGACUUUCCCGGUUUAUCUGGAGUCUUCCAAACUGCGAAGUUUUGCAAAAGCACGAGUCCGUUUUAAAAGCCCGAGCAGUUGUAAAUUUUCACCGAGGAAACUUCCGCGACCUUUACAAAGUGCUAGAAUCGCACACAUUCUCUCCCGAGAACCAUGUCAAGCUCCAACAACUUUGGCUCAAGGCGCAUUAUAUCGAGGCGGAAAAACUCCGUGGCCGACCUCUUGGGGCUGUUGGAAAAUACCGCGUCCGGCGGAAGUUUCCCCUUCCUCGGACGAUUUGGGACGGGGAAGAGACAUCUUAUUGCUUCAAGGAAAAAUCACGCGCCGUGCUUCGCGACUGGUACACUCAUAAUCCCUAUCCAAGCCCGCGUGAGAAGCGUGAACUUGCCGAAGCAACUGGACUCACGGUCACUCAGGUUUCCAACUGGUUCAAGAAUCGACGCCAGCGGGAUCGAGCAGCUGAACAGAAAGACGGAAAUGACAUGAAGCCGAUAAUGCUCAUGGCACCUGUUUCGCCUGGUGGAAGUCAAAUCAUCCAUGGACGUCAGGAAUCGCCAAUUGGAUAUAGCUUCAGUGACGGAGAUCACCACGAGCAACCUUGGGACGAAAUCGAGGAAAAGCCAGAACUCAACGAAUUCGGCCACGUAAUGAACAACAACGCUAGAAACUCAACCGUGCAAAAUAACAGUUCUGGAAUGGGCCAACACCCGUUGACAGACACGCUCCAGAUCGCAGCACAACAGAUAACGAAUCCUACACCGUCGAUGGUGCCGAUGAGCAGUUCUGUCAACCAUCAAACUCAUUCUUCACACAUGGGAUCAUCGAUGUCUCCAUCUGAUCCUACCGGCCAGUUUUCCGGUUGGUAUCCAAGUUAUGUUUACUCGACGCAUAAUUCACUGAUCACUUAUUCUGAGAAUAAUGUUCUAGGAAUCAGUUAG